GAAGGUGCCAAUUUAGCCAUUCAGGAACAUAUGUUUAGCAUUACUGAUUGGGAUGUUUUAUUCAGCUGGCCGAGGAUGACUGGUGGGGUAUAUAGUGCAUGAACUUGGAAGUAUAUAGACUCAACCCCGAUUUGGAUAGAUUUUCAAGUGCUUGGACGUAUACAUACCAAAGGAGGGGUAGGCUCCGAAAUAUUCAGGGGAGAGAGUCGUUGGCUUUGUAAAUAAAGGUGGUAUUGACGUAGGCAUAAGACAGCAUUGAAGUGUAUGUGUGGGAUAAGAGAUUAAUCAAAUGGAGCUCGCAUCGGAGGAUAAGUGACACGAUUGAAGAGUAUUAUACCCAGGGGGAGCGUAUGGAAUAUACACACAAAGCGAGCAUAUACCGGAGGGAAUAUAUGGAUGGCAUAUUGUCAGGCUGGCGAACGGUAGUAUUAUGCUGAGGUGCUGGAGGAUGGUAUUGCCACACACCAGGCUAUGGUAGCAUCUCUCAACUCCAACGGCGAGGAUAUCGUAGCCCAGUCUUCCUCUGUGGAUGGGGGUAUGCUGCAGGAGAAAUUGGAGGGACUCAACGCUCGCUGGAAAAGUGUCUGCGCUGAAGUGGCUUCUUGGAAAGAAAGGUUUGAAUUCAGUCCAGAGAAAGUGAAUGCCUUCAUGGAAGAUUGCAGCCAUCUGCAGCAUUGGCUUUCCGAAUGCCAGGCUUUGAUAAGACCACAGGCACAACCUGUUCCAGGGGAUGCUACUGCAUUUAAAGAACUCAUCCUCAAAAUAAAGGAGCGUGAAGAAGAAUUAGAGCAAAAGGCCGAAGUGAAACGGAGGACAGAGGAGAAUGUACAUAUUCUUCUGACGGGAGGUUCCAUUAGCCAGGAGAGGGGGAUCAGCAUCAAGAAAGAGACCGAGACGCUAUUUAAAUUAUGGGAGAAGGUCUCUGGCACGAUACCCAAAUACCGAGCACAGCUGGAGGAGAAGCUGGAGAAGACCGAGGCAUUCCUCGAGGAGCUCCAGCAGAUGAGGGCGUGGGUUCAAGCCACGAUGGAUGUCCUUGAGACCCAGGGACCGGUGGGAUCGGCGACAUCCAACGAUGAACAAGACUCGGUCGUGGUUGAUCCAAAGACGAUGAACGAUGCCCUCAAAGCCCGGCAGGAGAACAUGGACAGCAUCAACCGUCUCAACACCCAGCUGACCGCGGAGGCUCAGGCCGCCAGUCGACAGCUUGCCGACCCUCUCCGGGGGGACGUGGAAAGGCUGAACACAGACUGGGAGAGGAUUCGAUACCUGGCUGCUCACCUUCGACCUAGGUCAGAUGUCGAGCUGGAGAGGAAGGUGGUUAUACAGCAAAGAAUAGUCAUCAGCGAGCCAGUGGACGCGGUCACCGCCGAGGUCCAGAGGUUGCCCGUCCCGCCCCCGGCCAUCGACGCCAACCGCCGUGACUCCUCCCCGUGGCCCGACAUCGACAACGUCGUAGCGGAGCUCCGUGAUUGGCUGAUGCUGCUUGAGAGGAUGCUGAGGUCGCAGGUCGUGACCGUAGGGGACCUGGAGGAAAUAGAGAACAUGAUCAUGAAACAGAAGUCUCACAUUCAAGACUUGGACAUCAAGCAUCCGCAAUUAAAGGAGCUUCUUGAAAGGGCCAAGUCGAUACAGGAGGAGACGGCCAACGAGGGCGACAAACGACUAUUACAUGAGAAAAUGGCAAGACUGCUAGAAUUAUGGGAAGGAGCCGAGAAGAGAGCUACCCAUCGUGCCGGUCAACUCGAGACGAUGAUGACCGACUCCCAACGCUUCCACCAGUUGACCCAAGAGCUCCUAACGUGGCUCAACAAGAUGGAAGGGACGCUGGAUAGAUACCCUCCUGUAGCCCAGGAGAUGCUGAUGCUUCAUGCUCAGCUAGAAGCGCAAAAGGGGUUCCUUGAAGAAGUUGAGCAGUGGAAGCCUUGCCUUGAUGCAGUCAACGAAUCCGGUGACAGGUUAGCCGUGGAAUACAAGGAUGAUGACAUCACCAAGAUCAGACAGGUUCUUGAUGGCGUCAACCAGAGAUGGGCUAAUAUAUGUCAGAGAUCAAACGUGAGACUCGGUAAAAUAGAGGAAACGGUUCAAUCCAUGCAAGACAUUGACAGUCAGCUAGCGGAAUUCACAUCCUGGCUAGACAGCGUAGAGAGCCCUCUAGUGGCCUUGUAUAGCCAGACGGAGGACAAGGCGGCGAGGGAAGACAGAGAUAAAGUCAGGGUGUGGCUACAACGGCAACAGGUAAGAAGUGGUGUGAAAUAUGUCUGUUUGAUAAUGUUGAUUAUUGGGCAGUUUUGUUGUCGAGUAGGGGUAAAUUGCCAAUUCGUCUACUGCCGACUCGUCCACUCACCACAUGGUCGAACUUCAUUUAGUCUAAUGCCAUUACGUCCAUCAACAUUUUCGUCUAACACCUGUUUGGUCCAGUCAUCACUUUGUCUAAUCACCAGUUCGUCUAUGACCAUUUCGUUUCGUAACCAGUUGGUCUAAUAUCCAUUUUAUUUUCAUGCAUUUCGCCCAAUUAACACUUUGUCCAAUUAGACGAAAUGGUAUAUGGACCAAGUGGCUAUUGGACCAACUGGUUAUUGGACAAAAUGGUGGGUGGACGAAAUGGCAAUUAGACCAUGUGGAUAGUGGACGAACUGACGGUAGACCAAAUGAUUGACCAUUUCCUCUCGUAGUUGAUCUAAUAUCCAUUUUAUUUUCAUGCAUUUCGCCCAAUUAACACUUUGUCCAAUUAGACGAAAUGGUAUAUGGACCAAGUGGCUAUUGGACCAACUGGUUAUUGUACGAAAUGGUAAGUGGACGAAAUGGUAGUACAUGUAAGACCAUGUGGACGAACUGACGGUAGACCAAAUGAUUGUAGACCAGCUGGUAAUUGGACGAAUUGGCAUUGGACCAAUUGAAAAUAAACCGAGUAGGGUACCUUGUUAAAAGUCAGAGUCCCAUCUUUACAGCAGGAUACCGGCAAGCAGCUUUUCAUUUCAAGUCAUCACAGAAGCCAUAGACACAACAGUGACUGCAUGAAAGUUGCACACAAAAAACGAAAAGACACGUACAUGUAGCUUCGGUUCCUGCUAUAAGACGUGGCGCAGGCUUGUGCUAAGUUGCCGAAUCUGUUUGAUUUGAUGAUCAUUGGGCAAUGUUGUUGCUUAGUAUUGCAGAAGUGGCAGGUCUUUGUACCUUGAUAUUGCUGCUUCGCAUGGAGAGAUAGAUAUUUGGUGCUGAGUAACAAUAUUAAUGAGUUAAAACAAGUGGUGGAUUUUGAGUGGAAACACUAUAUGGUACUUUGUAUGGAGUGAUGGAGUUUGAGUGGUGAGUAACAAUGUUGCUGAGUAAAACGUGUGUUGGCUUUUGAGUGGAAACACUAUAUGGUGCUUUGCAUGGAGCAGUGGAGUUUGAGUGGUGAGUAACAAUGUUGCUAAGUAAAACGUGUGAUGGAUUUUGAGUGGAAACACUAUAUGGUGCUUUGUAUGGAGUGAUGGAGUUUGAGUGGUGAGUAACAAUGUUGCUAAGUAAAACGUGUGAUGGAUUUUGAGUGGUAUGCAAUGAUUUUGCGUUGUAUGGAGUGGUAGGCCUAUUUAUCAUUGAGUGGUCACAGAUACUGUUGGUUUGGAUAGAGUGGUGGGUAUGUAUUGGUAAGCCAUUGAUGCUCAGUAUUGAAAUUGUGGUAUAUUGACAUUGGAAUUGAUUGUAUUGUAGAAAUAAGAUGAUGUUGUAUGUAGCUGACAUUUGUAUUACACAUUUGGUGCUGUUACUUGUUAAUAAGUGGUAGGUGUGUCUUGUUGCGUGUUAUUGCUUCCUGGGAAUAGGAAUGUAUUAAACCAUCAGUUUGAUAAUUUGUAGCCAAUAUAGAUGUGCUAUGAAUAAAUUCAUUUGCUAUUAUUACUGUUGUUCAUUGUAAAUGGUGACAUUUACAGCAGCAUUUGUGUUCAAAAUUUAAAUGAUAAAUUUUAACAUGGUGAUUUACAUCACUGAUACUGAAAUUUGAAACAAUUUGAACUUGUGAUAUGAUUUAGAGCUAUUUCUCGCCCUUGCUCAUCAUAGAGAAGGCCAAGAGAGGAUUGUUUUACGUUGGCGACUUGUGCCAUUUUUCUCUGAGCAGACACACUAUCAGAGCACCUGACCAGUUCAGACUAUAUGGUAUAUGACCAGUAGAGGGCAGUAUACUGGUUUCCCUGCAGUGAGCAGGUUCUGUGUUUUUUGUUAAAUUGUCUUGGAUCAUUUGAAGCUUUAGGGUAUGAUUUACAUCUGUUGGUGUGCAAUUGAGACCUGAUUAUAAUAUUUUGAAGGAAUUCACAAAUCAAAGAUUGCUGACUAGAAAGAAGGAGGUGGAGACAGAAUAUUCAACAAGAAUGUUGAUGAUGGUAUUACAAAUACUGAAUUUAUUCAUUGUAGCUGUACUGAGGUGCAGAUUAAGCUACUGAGAAUACAAGAGAUAUUGGGGGAUUGAUCAAUACAUGUAACAUUUUUUUAGAUAGAGAAGAGAAAGAAAGAAGGAGUGAGAGGAGUGAAAUGAAGACAAAAAGAGGGAAGAAAAGGGGAGUGAGAGAAGCUUGGGAGGGGGAAAGAAGAGGGAAGAAAAAGGGGGAUGUAGAAAAGGGGAAAGGAGAUGAGGAAUAGAGAGAAAGAGGCAGUGAGAAAUAAAAUAAGAUCAAAGAAGAGUAUGUUUCAGAAAAUCAUGAUUAUAAUUAAUAAAUAAAUAAGUGAAUAACUGAAUGAAUAAAUGAAUACAAAAAUGAAUAGAUG